AUGUCCCAUAAACUGACGGUUCUACCCCACCUGAUAAAGUUUUCACCAAGGGCUCCUCCUUCUGGGAUCAUUGACAAAGCUAACAUUUAUGGAUUUGACCUAGACCAUACCAUAAUUAAACCAAAGACACCCAAUACAAGGUUUGGUCGGACAGCUGAGGACUGGCAAUUUAUGCAAUUUAAUGGCAAGGAUACCAUCAAGACAUUGGAACAGAUCGUAGCUACAGAUCCUGAUUCUCAGCUGGUCUUUUUCUCCAACCAAGGUGGUGUAGUGUCGGUCCCACCUACUUCUAAAAGUUGCUUAAAAUAUACACAUAAAAUUGAGCUUGUAUUGAAGGAAAUCAGCAAAUCUGAUAUAGGAAAUCAAGUUUUGAAUAGAUUAUGGAUUUAUGCAUCCCCAAAGAAACCUGCCUCCCUAUUCCCUAAAUCUAAGAAUGCUACUCCUAAGAAUAAUAAAGUUAUGAAAUUCCCCAUAAUAAACAAAAAAGUUGAUAACAACAACGCUCUAUUAACUCCUGAAAUAUUCGAAAAGAUGAGAAAACCAGAAACUGGCAUGUUUGACGAAUUUUUAAAGGAUUUCCAGGAAAAUAUGGACAAAAAGGUGCAUGUAAUUUGGAAAUAUUAUUGUGGAGAUGCUGCUGGGAGACCUAACGAUUUCAGCGAUUCUGAUAAAGAAUUUGCUAAAAAAAUUGACGUCCCAUUUAAAUUACCAGAGGAGGUAUUCUUAUAA